GGUUACGGGCGGGAAGUUGAAAGUUUGAGUAGUUCAGAGGAAAAAAAAAGCAUUGAUAUUAGCAAGUUAGCUGUUGUAAAGUAAAGUUGCAUCUUCCAAACGAGAAGAGUAAGCUCAAGGACUAUGAUAAAUCAAAUGUGGUCCACGACUCAAGCUAACUAACGUUACGCUAGCUGAAAAGACUAUUAACGACAGUCUGCUGGAGGUGCUAGCUAACGUUAGCUAGCUCGCUAGAAGUUGUUUACUUUCUGUCGUCUGUCAGGAUGACGGACAGAAAUCUUGUGCAGGAGCUAAAACGUUGGGCGACAGAAGAGUUCAAUCUGCCCCCGGACAGCCUGCCAAAUGACAGCUAUUUUAAAACGCUCUGUAUUGGAACAGGGAAGUCAAUAUGGAAGUACAUCAUUCAACACGUUUUUCAACAGAGGAAUGUGAGGAUCAUACGUGGCAAUCUUCAGUGGUACAAAGUUCUUCAAGACAAAGAGUUGAAGCAGGCUGAGGGCCAGAGUGAGGCUGCUAAGCAGAGAGAGCUUCAGAAGAAGAUUGAGCAGCUGAGAACUGAGAUCAGUCACCUGGACUCUCAGAUCAGUGGAACAGAGGAACAACUGGCUACACAAGAGCAGUCCAUCAGCCACACCUGGGCCCAGGUGGAGGACAGCCGGCAAAGAGAACUGCUUUUACAGGCCUUCAGGCAACGCUGCCUUUUGGGCCGCAAGGUGCUGUCUGAUGACACACAAAAGAUCAGUCGGCACUGCCAGGCACUGGAACAAAUGGCAAAGAAAGCUGAGAUUGAAGUGCUGUUUGAUAACAAGCCCUCCAGUAGCAGUGAUGGUGACAACCUCAACUCUAAAGUAGCAGCAGAGGCACAGGUCCUGCGUGAAGUGAGAGAGCUGUGUGAUGACAGGGUCCACUUCUAUCAGUCUUUACAAGAGAGUGAACUGAAAACAUCACACUCUGCAGCCAAACAUAUGAGUUGUGAACAAAGGACUGCUGUGUUUCAGUACUGGCUGAGUGCUGUAGAGAACCUGUUGGGUAAUUAUCCUCCAAACCAAGUUCUCUCAGCGGUGGAAUAUUUAGCAUCCAGAGAGCAGAAGGAACUAGAAGAGAAACUUGCCUCUCUGGAUGUGACACGGGAUGUAACAGCUCUACGGUUCCGCUACGAAAGCAAUCACCUGCUGGACAUGUCAGCAGAAGAGGAUAAUGAGUUGCCAUCAGUUAAGAGCCUCUUAGAGGAUGCUUGGGAAGAGGUAGCACAAAGUUUGGUGGAACUGGCCCAGACCCGCUCCAGAGUUCAGGAGCUUCAAAACCAGCUUCAGGCCCGCAAGAAGGAGGCUGAGCAGGAGGUGUCUGGCAUUGCAGAUGAGCUCCACAAUGACAGCUUGGCACUGUCGGCUCUAGAGGUGGAACUUCAGUGUGUGAUGCAGGCUGCAGUCAGGGAUCAUAUCAGAGAUCGGUGUAUCCAACUUGAUCAGCACGCCAGAAGCCGACAGGAGGCACUUAGGAACCUCCGCAGCCAGUGGCAGAGCAUCCUUGACUUUAGGCAACUAGUGGAUCUCAGACAGGAGCAUAUCAGAGGUCUGAUUAAGGGGAACUCCACAGCCAAGACAGAGCUGAUGCGUCUGCACACAGAGUUGCAGGAAUUCGUCCGGGCCAAACUGGCGCCACACUUUGAAGUUGUCACCGCUGCAGCCAGCAGUCAAAGGAACUCCAUCUCUAAGGAGGCCAGACAGUUGGGAAUGGUCUCACUUCCUGCCCUGGACCGUAGGACUGUUGAAGGAGUGCAAAGAAUCCCUGCAUCAUGGUUGUCUAUCCAUCGCUUGAAGUCCCCGACCUUCACCAGCUUGUGUCAGAGCCUGGCAUUCCCACUGUACAGGGCUCCAGAGGAGUUGUGUUCCCAGGCGCGCUCCCAACAGCUUGAGUUGCGUUUUCUCCGUCAGUUGUUGCAACUGCACUCUGCCACUGUGCAGAAAACACAGAAGGAGGCAGAGUUACUGCAUGCACCUGAUCAAAAAGCUCUGCUGUCCAGAGUCAGGGAGGAGGAUCAGAAGCUUCUGGAGGCUCUGGUACCGAGAGUCAGAGGCCUCACCCAACGUAGCGCCCAAGGCCUAUCUUAUGGGGCACAAGUCAAAACUGCCAUCUCUUACUGGUGGGAUCAGCCAGCCCAGCAUGUCCUGCCUGAAGUCACUAAAGGAGGACUGUCUUUUCAACAGUGGCAACAGAGAUGGAAGCUUGCUGCCAAAGCCUCUUAGGAGACACCUCAUCACUAGAAAAUACAAAGGAGAUCCUUCACAGCAGUGGUUCUCAGUCUGCGGUCCUUGAGGGAUUUCCAGGGGGUCCCCAGAAAAAGGGGAAGAUUAUUUUCUCAGUUUAAUUCAGUACAGAAGUGAGCUCAAAGUGAAUAAGAGUGACUAUUCUGAUCAUGGGUUUCACUUCCUGUAUGGUUAUCUUCUCAAAUGUGGCUGACAACUAAUUGUUGGGGGCCAAACUUUUGAAUCCACCCACUCAAAUGGGUUUGAGUUGACUAGAAACAGAGUAUAAUGAGUUGACAAUUCUGGUGGGAAAACUGCAGAAUUUUGGUCUUGAUCAUAACUUAAAACAAAUUUUAUUUCAGAUGAAGGUCCCUGAAGUGAAAUCUUAUAAAAUGGGAUGGGAAUCCAUGCUCUACUGUUUCAACAUAGAUGUCCUUUACACAACAAAGGUUAAGCACCACUUCUUACAGCACCUUUCAGUGGCAGAAUGACUGUGUUACAAUAGUUAGAGAAUGCACACUUCUUUUUUCUGUUUCUCAUGCGCAGUAAUCCUCUUUAUGUUUUGUUUAUGUUACCAUGUAAAAGUCAGUCACUAAUAAAUCAUUUUAAA